CUGGGGGUAGCUAUUUGCUUCCGGAACAGCGUCAUAUCGCCCAUCUUUCACAAACGGCCGCCGGACACCUCCUGUAAUAAAAGGCCUCGCCGGCCUGCGCAUUGCACCCCCGCCAGCUAGCCGACUGUAAAUACUCUAGCAAUUCCUCCCACCACCAAUAAUCCCGACCUUCCAUCCAUAUUGCCCUCGAAGGAGAAUUUCCAAUACCCCGCGAUGGCUUCAACUGGUGAUCUUGGCACUGCGACUGGGGCUCUAGAAAGCCGACCAGUGCCGGCGAGCCCACAACGCCGUGGAGGACGAGGACGGGGCCGCGGAAGAGGAGCGCAUACUGGUCCUGAAGACGGACAUGAGCCCUAUGGUGUGAGGGGGCGAGGCCGAGGCGGCUCUCAACCUCGUGGACGUGGUCGCGGAAACAGAGAGGGCGCAGGCGGCCGUGGUGGGCAUGCUCCAGAGAAAGGCAAGGCGCCUUUAGCAGAGACACAAGAAGCAGGCCAAGUCCCACUAGCAUUCGCAAAACCAAACCUUCAACAAUCAGACAUUGAAGACGAAGACGCCGAAGUCUGCUUCAUUUGCGCUUCACCCGUUCAGCACACCGCAAUCGCUCCCUGCAACCACCGAACCUGCCAUAUUUGCUCUAUUCGCAUGAGAGCACUCUACAAAACCAAAGCAUGCGCGCACUGUAGGACUGAGUCGGCCCAUGUUAUCCUUACGGACCGCCCCGAGAAAAAUUACGAGGACUUUUCUGUAGCCGACUAUUUCAAGACCGACGACAACCUGGGCAUACACUUUGAGAACGCAGGUGUCUUCGACGAUACACGAUUAUUGUUGCAGUAUAAUUGCCCAGACGGCGAGUGUGACGUUGCUUGCUUGGGCUGGCCGGACUUGCAUCGCCAUGUCAAAACGGCGCACGGCGAAGUUAUGUGCGACCUUUGUACUAGAAACAAGAAAGUCUUUACUCAUGAACAUGAGCUCUUCACGCAGCCCGAGCUUAGAAAGCAUCAGAAGUUUGGCGACGACAACCCCGGUGCCAUCGACCAAAGCGGGUUCAAGGGACAUCCAGAAUGCGGAUUCUGCCGGGAGCGAUUUUACGGAGAUGACGAGCUAUAUACACAUUGUAGGGACAAACACGAACGCUGCCACAUUUGCGACCGUCGUGAUGGGGGUAGUAGGAAGCAACAGUAUUUCGUCAACUAUGAUUCCCUCGAGGUGCACUUCCGCAAAGAUCAUUUUCUGUGUCCAGAUCGGGAUUGCUUGGACAAGAAGUUCGUAGUAUUCGAUUCUGAGAUGGACCUGAAGGCGCAUCAGUUAGAAACUCAUCCUAACGGCCUUUCCAAAGACGCUUUGCGAGAUGCUCGAAGAGUAGAUAUGUCUGGGUUCCAAUUUCGAGCGCCACACGAACAAGAGACUAGACGGGAUGAUCGAAGACGAGAAGGUGGCAGGGGUCGUGGCAGAGGACGGGAUCCGAACGCGGAGCCUCUACCUGCCUCAUCUGCUCAGCCGCUGAGUAGAGCCGAGCUUGCAUUCCAGCGACAGAUGGAGGCUCAGAAUUCGCGGUCAGCAACGGGUCGAGCCUUUGGCGGUCAGCUCACUGCACCUACUCCGGGUGAAGCAUUUGCUGCCAGGCCAUCACCCAGUGCCUCAGAACCCGCAACUGUGACCGCCUCACGCCCGAACAACACAUCCGCAAACAGGGUCACGAAUGGUGUGGCCCAGCUGAACAUCAGUCCACAAGCAGCGAGUACCACACCGCAGACGCCUCAGGAGCAGGCCCGGCUGCUGCGACAUAACGCUGUGAUUGAGCGAGCCUCAAAUAUGCUGCGCAACGACGAACCCAAACUGGCCGAGUUCCGGACGCAGAUAUCGGCAUACCGUACCUCGAAACUAUCUGCAACUCAGCUUAUCGACGGGUUUUUUACCUUGUUUGAGACUAGUUCCAAGGAGCUUGGAAAGCUUGUCAAGGAGUUGGCGGAUAUUUUUGAGAUUCCCGCGAAGCGUGAAAGUCUCCUGAAGGCGUGGAACGAUUGGAAGGCUAUCAACGAGGAUUAUCCAUCCCUCCCAGGCUCUGCGACAGGACAGCCGUUGAACAAUGGUGGUGCAGCUCAUGGAGGAUCAAGAGUGCUGAAGUUGAAGAGCUCAACGGUGCAGUCAUCACGGUCUUCAGCCAACCGGCAAGCCAGCUGGUCUUCAGCGUCAUCGAGUACCGCCUUCCCUGCCCUGCCAGCCCCGUCUUCGAAUCGAAUCGGAGCGAAACCAGGCCAGACGCCUUGGGCUUCUUCGUCUACGACAGCAAGCGCACGAGCGGCACCUACGCCUUCCCGCGCGGUUCCAUCGACUAAUGGGGGCAAGAAGGCUAAUGUGGCCGAUGGCUUUCCAGCGCUUCCUGCGGCGGCCAAACCGACCAGCACCAUCUUCAGCCCUGGCUACACUGGCCUUGGGCUUCGACGAGAUCACAGUGGUCGCAGCACACCUGUGGGCAACGCAUGGGGAGGGGCUUCUGGAGCAAACAGCGGCACAACGACGCCGGCCGUAGAGGAGGAUGGCGCAACGGGCAAGAAGAAGGGCAACAAGAACAAGAAACAGACGCUCUUUCAAUGGGGCUAGUCCAAGGUGACUGCCGCCAUAUGGACGGAAGGAGAACAUGUACAGAGCAUGGGUGGUUUGAAAGUGUGAGUACAAUCAGGCAGAUUGUGUGCCUGGAGCUGCUAUCGGGGAACAGGGAUGGCUAGCGGCAGGGCCUGGUCUGAUGGAUGGCGGCCUUGGUGCUGAGUUUGAAUCACGGUUGACAAGAGUGGCCAGCGUUGGUAGAUGUAAAUAAAAGUUGUAGUCUCGUCAGAUGGAACGCCCGGCCGGCUGCGCCAUGGACCAAAGCGGCGGGAGGCUCGCGCUAGCUCCCGCGACCGUGCUUGGUGUGGAUAGGUAGGUAGCGGGUGCGCGGAGGAACGAACAUGGGACGAAGACGCGACGUGGGUAGUUGGUAGCCAAUCGUCUUUGCAGAGAAUUGCCGUAGAUAAGACGUAUAGAGAGCUUUAGAGAUGGUUUGCCACUGCGAAAUAGCCC